AUGGACCGCCCCUCCAAGGACGCCUUUCAAACCGGCUGGAUCUGUGCCCUGCCGAUCGAGGCUGCGGCUGCACACGAAAUGCUGGACGUGAAAUUCGGAAUCCUUGAUGAGCAAGAUUCAGCAGACUCGAACACCUACAUGCUAGGUCGAAUUUGGCAAACACAACGUUGCGAGUACGGGACUACCUCGGCUACUGUGGUUGCGAACAACAUGCUUCGUACAUUCUCGAACUCGCUUCGAAUCGGAUUAAUGGUCGGCAUCGGCGGUGGAAUCCCUUCUGCUGCUCAUGAUAUCCGUCUCGGCGACGUCAUCUUCAGUUAUCCAGAUGCUACUUGUGGUGGUGUAAUCCACUAUGAUAGGGGCAAGAUUAUUGCUGGUGGUGAAUUCCAACGCACAGGGUCGCUGAAUAGUCCACCGAGGGCACUAUUGACCGCAGUCAACAUAAUGAGAGCGGCUAGUCUGACUGAUGACCCCUCCUACCUGGGUUAUAUCCAAAGUACCAUCGAGAGAAACGCUCGAACUCGCAAAAACUUUGGCCGGCCUCCUUCACAACCCGAUCGACUUUUCCUGGAAUAUGUGCCCGACUGA